AUGUCCACGGAUGAUGAUGUAUUAGUAUGGAUCGAUUUAGAAAUGGAUGGACUAGAUUUAACCAAAAAUUUUAUCUUAGAAAUUGCUUGUAUUGUUACCGAUUUCGGUUUCAAUAACCAUUAUCAAGGACCUAAUCUUGUUAUUCAUCAUCCAAAAUCAUUACUUGAUGCUAUGGGACCAUGGUGCAUGGAACAGCAUACAUACUCAGAUCUUGUUCAACAAGUUUUACGUAGUAAAUUAUCAAUGUCUGAUGCUGAAACAGAAAUAAUUAAUUUUCUUGAAAAAACAACGUCAUUAUCAAAACAUAAAAAACGCCUUAUUCUUGCUGGUAAUUCUGUUUAUGUUGAUCGAUAUUUUCUUGAAAAAGAUAUGCCACGUUUAAAUUCUUUACUUGAUCGAUCAAUUCUUGAUUGUAGUACAUUAAAAGAAUUAAUUCGUCGUUUUAAUUAUAACAUUUAUUCAAAAGCACCAAUUAAAUGUGGAACUCUUCAUCGUGCAUUAUAUGAUAUUCAUAAUAGUAUAAGAGAAUUAAGAUAUUAUCAAAAAACAGCUUUUGAAGAAAAACAACAAAGAAAACAAGAUCAAUUACCACUAACAAAGAAUAUUACACAAUAUCUUAUAUGGAUUAAUAUUAAUUCAACAACAAUAAUUCAUUGUAUUUUAACUGAUGGUAAUCUUAAUAUAAUUGAUGAAAUUAUUGAUGGAAAAACAGAUGAUGAUUUAAUGAAGUUUUUUUAUCGAAAUGAAAUUUAUCAAGACAAACUUAUUGUUGUAGCUGGAAAAUUUUUAGGUUCAAUUCGAGCUCAAUUAAAAAAAUUAGCUCCUCAAUUUCAUAAAUUUUGUCAUUAUCGAUCAAUUGAUAUUGAUGUUGUGUCAGUUCUAUGUGAAAAAUGGUUUCCAAAUAUUUACGAACAACGACCGUUUAAGAAUGAUGAUGACUGUAAUAUUCUAAAAAAUUCUAUUGAACUUCUUCGUUUUUAUCGUUCGACUAUAUUUAAAUAG